AUGUGUUUCGGAGGCCUCCGCGCGAGCGAGGAAGCCUCACGCUCGCACGACAUUGACCGCACCAUCCGCAAGGAUGGGAUUCGCAUGGCGCACGAGGUCAAAAUCCUGCUGCUGGGAGCCGGAGAGUCGGGAAAGUCGACUAUACUCAAGCAAAUGAGGAUCAUAUACUCGCGGGGGUUCCCGACGCAAGAGAGGCAAUGGUGGCGACGAAUCAUCUUCAACAACAUCAUCGACACCUUUGAAAUGAUCAGCCAUGCCAUGGCGGACUUUGCCAUUCGCUUUGACAGCCGCGACAACGAGAACUUUAUGCGCGAGAUCUUGACGAGGCACGAGAUGGGACGUCACUACUUGGGCUCCAUCAAGGCACUAUGGCACGACAGCGGUGUCAAAGAAGCGGUUGAGAGAUGCAACCAAUACGCCAUCCAUGACAACUUGGCAUACUUCAUCGACAACAUGGACCGUCUCUGGACGGACGAGUACGUCCCCAACGACCUGGACAUUCUCUGCACGCGACUCAAGACGACGGGCAUCGCAGAGUGCCAGUUCACCAUUGCACAGCGGACAUACCGCAUCUUCGAUGUCGGCGGCCAGAGGUCAGAGCGCAAGAAGUGGAUUCACUGCUUCGAACACGUCGACUGCCUCUUGUUCCUCGUCGCCAUCAGCGGAUACAACCAGUGUCUCGUCGAAGACAGACAGGCCAACCAAAUGAACGAGGCCCUCAUGCUGUGGGAGUCGCUCGUCAACUCGCGCUGGUUCAAAAGCUCGGCCGUCAUCCUGUUCCUCAACAAGAUGGACCUGUUCAUCGAGAAGCUCCCCCUCAACCCGCUCUCCAACCACGGCUUCGUCGACUACCGCGGCCCGCCUGCCGACCACAAGCUGGCCAGCAAGUACUUCCUGGACAAGUUCCAGGCGCACAGCCGCGACCCCGACAGGGAGAUUUACGGCCACUUCACCACCGCGACGGACACGAACCUGGUCAAGAUCACGAUGAACUCUGUGCAGGACAUGAUUACGCGGCGAAACCUCAAGCGGCUUAUACUUUGA